AUGUUAGUGCUAUUUGCAGUAGCCAUCGGAAUAUUAAGCUUCACCAAAGCCCACCGAUAUAAAAUCGAGUUUGAAGAUGAUGAGUUAUUCAGCGAUUGCCCAAAUCAACGGGAGAGUGUACUCAAUAUUCAUGGACUCUUAAAUUUGACAGAGUGGACCAUAGACCGGCCACAGGAUAGUUUACAAUUUUCAGGAAAUUUUACUACGGUAUGGAAUAUUCAGAAAACGGAUCGCAUACAGGGUAGCUUGGAUGUUUUCAAAUAUGAACGCCGAGAGUGGGUACCAACUAUCUACAAGAUGAGAGCACUUAAUUUCUGUUCAAUACUGUUUGAUAAGAAUCAAUAUUGGUACAGAGUGUGGGGACAACACGUAACGAAUCUCGAGGAAGUAAAGGACAAGUGUUUUAAGCCAGGGACGAAGUACAUGCAUGAAACCUUCGAGAUGUAUCUUGAUUUUGAAAAUAGAAUGCAAAAUGUGGAAGGAGAACAUAAAAUACAAUUUGAGUUAAAAGCAUUUGACGAGUUCAACAGGAUGCGUCCAACUUCCAUAUGUUUUGUAUUCAGAGUAAACUUUGUAAAAUUGCCGAAAGAAGAUAGGUUUGAAUUGCCUUUACAAAUCGGCUUACCACUUACCUAAAAUUUCGUUAAUUGUUUUUUUGCAAUUAAUGCAAUA